CCAUAUCCCGUGACUGCACAGCAAUUUAAUUGCCAGUAUUUUCAUGCCAAAAAAAGCACAAACAAACCUAAAACGAUGAUGUUCCACCCUUUAUACUUGUUCUUCUUCAUCUGUAUAUAUUCAACAAUCAAAAUGACCAGCAGCGCUGCCUCCGCCACAGCGUACAACGCCACAGAAGUAAUCCUCCUAAGCUGCGGCGCAUCAACAAUCACAAAAGACAUCUACCAUCGGAGCUGGGACAGUGAUCAAGGUUCAAAAUACGUGCCAUCAAACGCUCCCAUAUCUUCAGCUUCCGAAGCUCUCACUAUGGAUCCUUGGGUUCCUGCAGUCCCUUACAAGACGGCUCGUGUUUUCCAUUCCCCUUUCACAUACAAUUUCCCCCUCAGUCGAGGCCAGAAAUUCCUCCGCCUUUACAUGUACCCCAGCAUCUAUUCCGACGCCAACACUAGUCAAUCUCUCUUCUCUGUCAAUGCCAAUUCCUUCACCCUGUUUACACACUUCAGUGCUUUCCUUUAUUCCAAGAGUUUAAAACGACCUUCUUUUAUGAUGGAAUUCAUCAUUAGCAUUGGAGCAACCCAAAGACUCGAUUUAACCUUCAUCCCCAGUCUGAAAUCUUAUGCUUUCGUAAACGGAAUUGAAAUUGUGUCUAUACCUGAUAAACUCUACCUUGAUGAAGAAGGCGAGGAAAUCAAAUUCGUGGAUAGGUUGUUUUAUCUCAACAGCAAUACGGCUUUGCAAAAUCUUUACAGGUUGAAUGUGGGCGGCACCUCGGUUUCGAUAGAAGAAGAUAGUGGCAUGUUUCGGAGCUGGAGUCCUGACGAUUAUUACAUAUUCUGCUGCGAUUAUGGAUGGACGCCACAUGACGAGGGGAUUGUCAUCCACUACACCAACAAUACUCCUCCAUAUGUCGCACCGCCAGCAGUAUACAAAUCUGCUAGAACAAUGACCAAUGUCAGCAGAAAUUUAAUAUGGCAAUUUCCGGUUGAUUCUGGAUUCUUCUAUAUGCUCCGCUUCCACUUUUGUGAUUUUUUUCACAAAAAGGAAAACGGCUCAUUGUUUACAAUUAUAAUCAAUGAUCAGAUGGCAGAUAUUACAGUCGAUGCCAUCAUCUUGGCCGGCAACCCUGAUAUUCCCAUCUUCAGAGACUACAUAACAUGGGUUCCUGAUGUAGAAAAUCGUGGAAAGCAAGACCUGCGGCUAUCUUUGGUGCCAAGAUAUAUCAGCGCUAUGCUAAAUGGAUUAGAAAUUUUCAAACUCAAUGAUUCGACAGCAAGUUUUGCAGCAUCCAACCAUGAACUGGUGAUCGAUUCACCGCCGGCUUCAGUACCAGGGAACCCGCCAAUGAAGAAGAAAAACAGUUUUGUGAUUUACACUGUGGUGGGGAGUGUUAUCAGCCUAAUUGUGGUGGUUGCAGCCGUGUCUAUCUUGGUUCUCUGGCGGCAACGGAAGUCAAGGUCCACUGCGGGAACUAGGGAAUCAGGCAUCUCCCUGCGUUGCGAUACAUGCAGAUACUUCUCAAUCGCCGAGAUCAGGACUGCCACCCGCAACUUCGACGACAGCUUCGUCAUCGGCAGGGGAGGCUUUGGCAACGUCUAUAAAGGAUUCAUCGAUAACGCGGCCACAACAGUAGCAAUCAAAAGGCUCAACUCCACCUCCAACCAAGGCACUUGCGAGUUUCUUACUGAGAUCGACAUGCUUUCCAAGCUUCGCUACCUCCACUUGGUCUCCCUCAUCGGCUACUGCAACGACAACGGCGAGAUGAUCCUGGUAUACGACUACAUGGCCCAUGGCACCCUCCGCGACCACAUCUGCAACUCCAACAACUCGCCCUUAAUGUGGAAGCAGCGCCUCCAAAUCUGCCUGGGCGCCGCCAAGGGACUGGACUACCUCCACACCGGCACCAAGCACGCCAUAAUCCAUCGCGACGUCAAGUCCACCAACAUCCUACUUGAUGGGAAAUGGGUGGCGAAAAUCUCAGAUUUUGGACUGUCCAAAAUGGGACCAGAAAAUGAGUCAUUCACCCACAUCAGCACCAACGUCAAAGGCACGUUCGGAUACUUAGACCCCGAGUACUUCUCGACCUGUAAACUGACGACAAAAUCUGAUGUAUAUGCUUUUGGGGUGGUUUUAUUCGAAGUUGUAUCUGGAAGAGCUGCAGUGGACAUGAGACUUGAGGAGGAGCAACAUAGCCUAGCCGGAUGGGCUCGGCUCUGCAUACAAGAGGGAAAACUGGAUCAGCUGAUUGAUCACAGCUUGACGGGGCAGAUUUCAGCAGCUUGUUUGGAAGCAUUUGUUGGAAUUGGAGGCAGAUGCAUACAUUUUCAGCCGAAAGAGAGGCCUGCAAUGGCAGAUGUAGUUAAAGGCCUUGAGUUAGCCAUGGCUCUACAACAGGCAACAGACCCAAUACAAGAAGUUGAAGAAGCUGGAACUAUUGACUCCAUUGUUAGUGUUGGAGCAACACAAAGACUCCUUUUAACCUUCACCCCAAAUCCAAAUUCUUCUGCUUUUGUAAACGGAAUCGAAAUUGUGUCAAUGCCUGAUAAACUCUACCUUGAUGAAGAAGGCGUGGAAAUCAAACAUGGGGAUGGGUUGUUUAAUCUCAGCACCAACAUGGCUUUGGAGAGUCUUUACAGGCUGAACGUGGGCGGCGACACAGUUGCGAUACAAGAAGGUGGCAUGUUUCGGGGCUGGAGUCCCGAUGAUGGCAACGUAAUCUUGGCAGAUUCUGCUUCCACGCUUCGUGAUAACGAACUUGUGAUCAAAUACACCAACAACACUCCUCCCUAUACCGCGCCGCAAGAAGUGUACCUAUCUGGUAGAACAACAUCUAACACCACCCUAGGUGUAUUGUGGGGAUUCGCAGUUGAUUCUGGAUUCUUCUAUCUGCUCCGCUUCCACUUUUGUGAAUUUGUGUAUACAAAGAAGAACGAAAGAAAGUUCACGAUGACCAUCAAUAACGACGGGGUCUUAGAUGUCGAUAUCGUCUCAUUGGCCGGUGGCCCUGAUAUUCCCAUCUUCAGAGACUGCAUAACAUGGCUGCCAGAGGUUGGAAAUCGCGGAAAGGCUGAACUUCAGCUAGGUAUGGCGAGUUCCCUUGAGACAGGCCCUUUGCUGAACGGCUUAGAAAUUUUCAAAGUAAGCGACACGACAGGAAGCUUAGCCAUUCAGCAAAGGGCUCAACCCGUGACAGAUUCACCGCCAACGAAGGCUUCCGACCCUGGCCUCGUGAUGGAUCCACCGCCACCGAAGAAGAAAAACGGCGCUGUUGUAAUUUACAGUGUGGUGGGGUGUGUUAUCGGCGUGGUUGUGGUGGUUGCAGCCGUGACUUUCUUGAUUCUCCGGAGGCGGCAGCGGAAGUCAACAAGGGGAUCCCUGCGUUGUGAUACAUGCAGAUACUUGUCAAUCGGCGAGAUCAAGGCCGCCACCCGCAACUUCAACGACAGCUUCAUCAUCGGCAGGGGGGGCUUUGGCAACGUCUACAAAGGCGUCAUCGACAACGCGACCACAACAGUAGCAAUUAAAAGACUCAACUCCACCUCCAACCAAGGCGCUCACGAGUUCCUUACCGAGAUCGACAUGCUCUCCAAGCUUCGCCACCUCCACUUGGUCUCCCUCAUAGGCUACUGCGACGACAACGGCGAGAUGAUCCUGGUAUACGACUACAUGGCCCAUGGCACCCUCCGCGACCACAUCUGCAACUCCAACAACUCGCCCUUAAUGUGGAAGCAGCGCCUCCAAAUCUGUCUAGGCGCUGCCAAGGGACUGGACUACCUCCACACUGGCACCAAGCACGCCAUCAUCCACCGCGACGUUAAGUCCACCAACAUCCUACUUGACGGGAAAUGGGUGGCGAAAAUCUCAGAUUUUGGACUGUCCAAAAUGGGACCAGAAAAUCAGUCAUUCACUCACAUCAGCACCAACGUGAAAGGCACGUUCGGAUACUUGGAUCCAAAGUACUACACUACCGGUAAACUGACGAGUAAGUCUGAUGUAUAUGCUUUCGGGGUGGUUUUAUUCGAAGUUAUAUCUGGAAGAGGUGCAGUGGACAUGAGACUCGAGGAGGAGCAACAUAGCCUAGCCGGGUGGGCUCGGUAUUGCAUACAAGAGGGGAAACUGGAUCAGCUGAUUGACCAGAGCUUGACAGGGCAGAUUUCAGCAGCAUGUUUGGAAGCGUUUGUUGGAAUCGGAGGCAGAUGCUUACAUUUACAGCCGCAAGAGAGGCCUGCCAUGGGAGAUGUAGUUAAAGGCCUUGAGUUAGCCAUGGCAUUACAAUAGGACUACACACAUCAUGCUUUUUGAAUUUAGAAAUUUCAUUGUA